ACAGACUCAGUCAGAGGCUGCGAUGCCGUGUCUCCUCACCAGCGAGUAACGGGCAGUAGGCUUGAGCGAAGGAGAGGAAUGGACCUGUGAAAGACCUCUUCAUCAGCGAGGGCCUGAUAAUGGCCAGCCAAGGAUGCUAGCAUUACCAUGGGCAGCGUCACUCUGCGCUACUUUUGUUAUGGUUGCCUCUUCACCUCCGUGACCUGGUCGAUUCUCCUGUUCCUCUAUUUCAACCUCAGCCAGGAAAGCCGAUUAUCCUUCAGAAAUGUGCCCGUCCAGGGGCAGCACCGUUUUCAGCCUCGUUUUACGCGUGGCCCUGCAGUCCAACAUAAAGAUGCGAGUCAAGUGCGUAAAGGCCAAGCACUGGAAGCUAUCAAGCCAGAUCUAUCUCCAGAGCUGGGAAUGAUUUUUAACAAGCAGGAUCAAGAGGUACGAGAUAUGGGCUAUCAUAAGCACGCCUUCAAUGUGCUCAUCAGUAACCGGCUCGGCUACCACAGAGAUGUCCCAGACACCAGGACUGACAAGUGCAGGGACAGGGCUUAUUCAGUGUCUUUGCCCACAGCCAGUAUAGUAAUCUGUUUCUUCAAUGAGGCGUUCUCUGCUCUCCUGAGGACCGUUCACAGUGUGCUGGAUCGCACACCAAACUACCUGCUCCAUGAGAUCAUACUGGUGGAUGACCACAGCGAACUGGAUGAUCUGAAGGAAGACUUGGAUUCUUACAUCCAGCAUCACCUGCAGAAGAAAGUAAAGGUGGUUCGUAAUGAGAAAAGGGAGGGGCUGAUCCGCGGGAGGAUGAUUGGUGCAUCUCAUGCUACAGGUGAGGUGUUGGUGUUUCUGGACAGUCACUGUGAGGUGAAUGAGGCAUGGCUCCAGCCUCUGCUCACCCCUAUUAAAGAGAACAGGAAAACUGUGGUGUGCCCAGUCAUCGACAUCAUCAGCGCAGACACACUAGUAUACACCCCCUCUCCUAUCGUUCGAGGAGGAUUCAACUGGGGCUUGCACUUUAAGUGGGACCCAGUGCCCGUGUCCGAACUCAACAGCCCUGAUGGAGCCAUCAGGUCUCCCACAAUGGCAGGUGGACUCUUCGCCAUGGACAGAAAUUACUUUUACGAGCUUGGUCAGUACGACCGUGGCAUGGAUAUAUGGGGUGGAGAGAACUUGGAAAUAUCUUUUCGGAUUUGGAUGUGUGGAGGCCAGUUACUGAUCGUUCCCUGCUCCAGGGUUGGGCACAUCUUCCGCAAGCGUCGGCCGUAUGGGUCACCUGGAGGUCAGGAUACAAUGGCCCAUAAUUCCCUGCGACUGGCCCAUGUCUGGAUGGAUGACUAUAAGGAGCAGUACUUUGCAUUGCGGCCUGAGCUGAGGAACCGGGACUACGGAGACAUCAGUGAGCGGGUCUCUAUUCGCAAGCGGCUGCAGUGUCACUCCUUCAAAUGGUACCUGGACAAUAUAUACCCCGAAAUGCAGGUGUCCUCUCCACACAAGCCCCAGCAGCCUGUCUUCAUCAACAAGGGUUUAAAGAGACCCAAAGUACUGCAGCGGGGCCGGUUGCGGAAUCUCCUGGCUGACAAGUGUCUGGUGGCACAGGGGCGUCCCAGUCAGAAGGGGGGCGCUGUGGUGGUCAGAGACUGUGACCCACAGGACCCUGAGCAGGAAUGGGCAUAUGAUGAGGAACAUGAGUUAGUUCUAGCCGGGCUGCUGUGUUUGGACAUGUCAGAGAUUCGUUCCUCUGACCCGCCGCGCCUCAUGAAGUGUCACGGCUCUGGUGGAUCUCAGCAGUGGACACUGGGGAAAAAGAACUGGCUGUAUCAGGUGUCAGUGGGACAGUGUUUGGCUGUUGGCGACCCUCUCAGCAUCAAAGGGUAUGUUUCCAUGGCGAUCUGUGAUGAUUCCCGCUCCCAGCAGUGGCAGUUGGAGGGUUGAGGAUGCUGGUAGUGAAGAACCGCUAGUAAAUCCAGCUCAGACAGAGGACUGAACUGCAGCAGAACAGCGCCGGC